AUGGGCAUCAAAGGCUGCUGGACAUGUAGAGCGCGCAAGGUUCGGUGUGACCUUGGCCAUCCUAUAUGCGACAACUGCACUAAGGCAAGGAAACCCUGCCAGGGAUAUGGCGUUCAAUUGUCCUGGCCCCGGGCGGGCGACAAGAGAAGAGCUGUGACCUGUUCUGUCGCUAAUCGGGCGGCGGCGGCGGCGACGGCGCGGCGUUAUUCCGGCAGCAACACCUUGUUCUUAAAUACCUCCCCCUGGGACGUGUCCUUGUCCGAAAUGCUCCAGGAGAGGAAAGGUGUUGUCAACGCAUCCCGAUCGCGGAUCCUGUCACCCAUUAUGGAUGAAGCACUGGCCCAAUUCGUCUUGAGAGCUGCGCUCGACAAUUCUUCCAAAUCUUCCAACUUAAUUCUAGAAGGCGUGCUCAUCAUAGCUUCCCUGCAGUUACACGGGCGCUCAAGGAGCCUAGACCGUCGCUCAAGGCUCAUCUCAAUGCUUCAAAAGUCUUUGCGGCACGCCGACAGAAACAGCGUGUUACAGAACCUUGUUGCCACGAUGCUUCUUUACCAGUACGAGCUUCUCACCACGACAAACCCUCAAAUUGGCUGGCGUGUAUUCCUCUGCGGUGCGAAGAAGAUCAUCUCAGCUUUGGUCCAUAAGGCUUGGCUAUACCAAGAUGAUAAUAUCAUCUUGAUGGACUGGAUCUACUACCACGAAGUAUCGGCGGAGCUUAGUUUGCGGCACUGGGCAGAUGCCGACUCUGUAAUCGGCCCCUGCAAAGCACCUCAGGCUAGGAGAUCUCAAGAGCUAGUAGUCGAUGUGUCUGCAGUCCGAAGCUAUACAACGUGUCCCAUGGAUGCCCUCGACCUUAUUCGGAACGUAUGCAAGCGACCACCGAUAUACAGUGCCGCGGAUAUAGAGCGGAUGCAGGGGCUCAAACGAAACCUUCAGAAGAAUAUCGGAGAGACAGGUCCUUUCUAUGACAUUUCAGAAACUCCAAUCACCAGGCAACAUAUGAUGUCGUAUCUCUACACUUGCGCUGCACUCAUCUACUUCAAUCGUGCGGUAGCAAACGUAUCACCUUCCUCAUUUGAGCAGAAAAGGUUGGUGAGGGAGGGGAUCUUCAUCCUGCAUUACCUUGGCCCUUGCGAGAGCGCCUGGCCCUUGUUUAUCUUAGCUUGCGAAGCGAGCAACGAUGAGGAACGUCUGCAAAUGUCAGACAUGCUAUCAAAGACGGGACAAGAGUCACUGCAUCGGGUGAAUCACGUCCCGCUGAUUCGGAGCAUGGUGGAAGCAGUGUGGAACCAGAACGAUCUCAAUGCUGACAGCGACGUCAGUUAUGUCGAGACGCUUAAUGCUGUAUUUUCAACGGCACCGUCUUUGCCUCUAUUCGCCUGA